AUGAGUUAUUAUAAUACGACCUCUGGAGGUGGAGGCGAUUAUGGGGGCAAUUCAUUUGCUUCUUUGCUGGCCAAUGCUGCUCAAAAUAAACAGCAACAAUUUGAUACAUCAAGUCCUUCAGUGAUGGGAUCUGUUCAAGUACAGCAAUCCCCACGAUACUCACCUAAUUCUGCAUUUAUGUCUUUACCAUCAUCAACGUCAUCUUCCGGAUACCAGUCGCAAGCCGGCUUUUCUUCCCCGGAAAGUUCUCUUUCAUCGCUGUACACCACAAGCAGGGCUCGUUUCAUGUGCUCUAAGGGCUUUGAGCUUGAGGAUGAUAUUGAAUUUUGCCCUAAGAUUGUGGAUCUUGAGACUUUAGGUGCUUCCCAUGACACUGCCAAUAAUUCAACACAUUCCCCUCAGGAAAAGCCCCAUACUUUUGCGGAUAGCUCGUUUAAUCGAACAUAUUGUGCUUCCAAAAUCAGUGCCACUUCGGAAACCACUUCUGCAAACGUUAGCACACCAAGAAUUAGAAAACCUUUGGAGAUUGUGGAUCCUCAUACUGGAAUGAAACUCGAAUCUUCAAAAUUCUCACCUCAUUCCACCAAAUGA